AUGGAGUCCCCGCCCGAGACUAUGAGUGUGGUGGCCUCAGAGCACACCCUCGAGGUUUCAGACUUGUUACCGACAAAUAUGGUCACGGACACGGCUCUGGCUUCUCUCCCGAUACCUGAAAUGACUUCAAUGGAAUCGACGGAAUUGCCCCAAGAAACUCCCACAAAUGUGCUAGAAAUGUCGUUCGUGUCACCGAUAAUGGCCAUGGAAAUGGAAAUCAAAUGUCCGGAAGAAGUCAAAAGUGAAGAAGUAUCAGGUGAAGAAGUAAAAGGUGAAGAGGUAUCAGAUGAUGCACUCAAAGUGAAACGAAAAAACUUGACAGAUCAACAGCGGAUGACAAUUGUCCACUAUUUGCUUGCGAAUAGCGCAGCAGGACGUCUAAAGCACGGAGACAUGAAAACUGCUGCGACUCACUUUGGAGUACAUCGUGCUACAAUUCGACGGCUAUGGAAACUGCAUAUGGCUUCUAGUGUGACGGACGGUCUAGCCGGGAAUGUCGCCAGUCGGAUUAAAGGGCAUUCGGGGAGGAAGCCAAAGAUACCGGACGAAGAGCUAAAAGCUCGCAUUGCUGCGAUACCAGUGGAGCGUCGGAUGACAGGAAGGGGACUUUCCACAGCUUUGCAAGUAAGCAAUAGUGUCGUCGUACGUCUGAUUAAGAGUGGAAAACUACGACGUCACCCGAAAAAGUUGCACUACAUUAUGUAA